CGCGCCGCAUCCGCUCGACCUUUCUUCCCGCCUGCCGCUUGCCGGGCCAACGCCGUCCUGCGUCCCUUGUGCCCGCCGAGGCCGCCGUCUUGCCGCACUGCUCCGGCGCUGGCGGCUGGCGACGCUUCCCGGGCAGGCCCGACGUCAGUGCAUUACAGCGAGGCGGCGCUACUCAAGCAUCUGAUACAAACAGAGAUCAGCGGCGGUCGCGUGCGCGGUGCGGCAGACGGCGGCGGCGAUGGCUCGGCGAUGGCGCAUGGACCAACGCGCGCUCGACGCCGUCCCGGAGGCGCAGGCUUGCCUCGGCUCGAGAGUCGGCGAUGCGGCGUGGCGGCUGACUCGACGAUGCCGGCGGCGAGCAGACAGCGGCAGCGGCGCAACUUUCUCGCCCUCCGCCUUGCCCUUGCCCCCCGCCUCAAAGCGCCCGCAGCGCCCUCCGCACUCUUGCCUCCGCACCACAUCCAUCCCCCUGCACCCCGCACACAUCUUACCCGCCAUGUCCAACCUUCCCUCCGAGCCCGAGUUCGAGCAGGCCCUGCACGAGGUCGAGAGCACGCUGGCGCCCUUCUUCGAGAAGUACCCCGAGUACAAGAAGGCAUUUGAGAUCAUCCAGAUCCCCGAGCGCAUCAUCCAGUUCCGCGUCGUGUGGGAGGACGACAAGCACCAGGCGCAGGUGAACCGCGCGUACCGCGUGCAGUACAACUCGGCACUCGGCCCGUACAAGGGCGGCCUGCGCCUGCACCCCACGGUGAACCUGUCGAUCCUCAAGUUCCUCGGCUUCGAGCAGACGUUCAAGAACGCCCUCACCGGCCUCAGCAUGGGCGGCGGCAAGGGCGGCUCCGACUUUGACCCCAAGGGCAAGAGCGACGCCGAGGUGCGCCGCUUCGUCAAGGCCUUCGCAACCGAGCUCUCGCGCCACAUCGGCGCUGACACCGACAUUCCCGCCGGCGACAUCGGCUUCUCGACGCGCGAGGGCGGCUUCCUCUUCGGGCAGUACAAGGCGAUCCGCAACGAGUGGGUCGGCAUGAUGACGGGCAAGGCGCUCGACUGGGGAGGCUCGCACGUGCGCCCCGAGGCUACCGGCUACGGCGUCGUCUACUACGUCGAGCACAUGCUGCGCGCCGCCGGCGAGGCCGACGGCUUCAAGGGCAAGAAGGUCGCCAUCUCGGGCUCGGGCCAGGUCGCGCAGUGGGCCGCGCUCAAGUGCAUGGAGCUCGGCGCCACGGUGCUCUCGUUCAGCGACUCCAAGGGCGCGCUCAUCGCCACGGGCGAGGAGGGCUUCAGCAAGGAGGACGUGCAGAAGAUCUACGAGAUCAAGUACGCGCGCAAGGAGCUCGAGACGUUUGGCGACAAGGGCGGCAGCCUCAAGUUCCACAAGGACGCCGCGCGCCCGUGGAAGCUCGUGCCUGCCUACGACGUGGCUCUGCCGUGCGCCACGCAGAACGAGAUGGACGCGUCCGACGCCGAGGAGGCGCUCAAGCGCGGCUGCCGCUUCGUCGCCGAGGGCUCCAACAUGGGCUGCGACCAGGGCGCCAUUGACGUGAUGGAGAAGUCGCGCAAGACCAAGGGCAAGCAGGGCUGCUGGUACGGCCCGGGCAAGGCGGCCAACUCGGGCGGCGUGGCCGUGUCGGGCCUCGAGAUGGCGCAGAACUCGCAGCGCCUGCAGUGGAAGCCCGAGGAGGUCGACCAGAAGCUCAAGGACAUCAUGCUCGACUGCUACACGCUCUGCUACGAGACCGGCAAGGAGUUCUCCGACGGCGGCGAGCUGCCGUCGCUCUGCCAGGGCGCCAACAUCGCCGGCUUCAAGAAGGUCGCCGACGCCUGCAAGCAGCACGGCGACUGGUUCUAGGCGCGCCCUGGCCUGCCCUUCCUGCUAGAACCCGAUCUGCUGCUUUCCUCGCCCCGUAGAGCGCCUAUAUUCGUCACGCUCCUCUCUUCCCUCUGCACCC